CCGUCAACCAUCCCUCUCAUUAAGAGAGAAAGAGAUUGGAGGGAGAGCGAAGAGAGGGAGAGAGCGGGUUGGGAUUCUCGAAUCACAGGCAAGGCGAGCGGCGACAUCCAUAAAGACGUAUCCUUGUUUCAAUCUGACCUUGUGGUUAUCCGAAUCUGGCCAUUGGUUGUUUGCUCGGUGCUAUCGGGGUUGCGCAAUCAGAAGUUCGGUUUUUGAUUGGUCAACCCUGGCGUGUUUCGGGGCUAGGUGAUGGCUGAUCCGCCCCGCCACCACCCGCGGAGCAGCAGCAUCGUUAGUAGGAUUCGGAAAGGUGCAAUCUGGUACUCGAGCUCGUUGUUGGGGAUUCUAGGGUUAGGGUUUGGGAUUGAGGAAGAGACCGUGGAGAGGGAAGUAUGCUGAGCGUGCUAAGGCUUCACCUGCCGUCGGAGAUCCCCGUCGUAGGUUGUGAGAUAACGCCCUACGUUCUUCUGAGGCGUCCCGACAAUUCCAUUUCGAACGAUGAUGUGUCCGAGUCUGCACCCCUCGAUGGCUACUACAUGAGAUACAGGUGGUAUCGCAUUCAAAGUGAUAAAAAAGUUGCUAUGUGUAGUGUACACCCAACUGAACUUGCAACAUUGCAGUGCCUUGGUUGCCUUAAGUCUAAAGCACAUGUUUCCAAGAGUUAUCAUUGUUCAUCGAAGUGCUUUGCCGAUGCAUGGCAGCAUCAUCGUGCUUUGCAUGACCGUGCAAGUAAUUCUGUAAAUGAAACUGGAGUCGAGGAGGAGGAAUUAUUUGGACGCUUCAGCGGUGGAUCUGCUGUCAUGAGUACAGGGAUAUCUGGUUCAACAUCUAGGGUAGGUACUCCAAGUCCGAGCAAUGGUUCUGUGCCUUCAUAUCCAGUAGCUGUUUCAGAAAGGAAUGGUGGUGAAACCUGGUUUGAAGUUGGUCGUUCUAGAACCUAUACGCCGACCACUGAUGACAUUGGUAACACUUUGAAGUUUGAGUGCGUUGCUGUUAAUGUAGAAUCAAGCAAACCUGUUGGGACACCAAGUUCGAUUAUGACUUCACGGGUUAUUCCUGCUCCCUGUCCUAUUCCACGACGUAUGAUUGAGGUGAGCGGAGCAGAUGUUCUUGGACAUUUGGAAGAUGUUCGAGCUGCAUCUUUUGGGACUUUCACUGUGCUCUCAUACAACAUUCUUGCUGACUUGUAUGCAACAAGUGACUCAUACAGCUAUUGCCCAUCCUGGGCACUUUCGUGGCCUUAUCGGCGGCAAAAUUUGCUACGGGAAAUCAUUGGUUACCAUGCUGACAUCAUAUGUCUUCAGGAAGUUCAAAGCAACCAUUUUGAAGAAUUCUUUUCUCCUGAACUCGACAAACAUGGGUAUCAAGCCCUCUACAAGAAAAAAACUGUGGAGGUUUACAAUGGAAAUUCCAAUUCACUUGAUGGUUGUGCGACAUUUUUUCGAAGAGAUAGGUUUUCUCAUGUCAAGAAAUAUGAGGUUGAAUUUAAUAAAGCUGCACAAUCUCUGACUGAUGCUGUUAUUCCUGCUAACCAAAAGAAAGUUGCUUUGAGUCGAUUAAUCAAGGAUAAUAUUGCUUUGAUUGCAGUACUUGAAGACAAAUUUAGCAACCAUGUUGCUGAUAGUCCUGGGAGCAGACAACUUCUUUGUGUGGCUAAUACUCAUGUAAAUGUUCCCCAGGAACUCACAGAUGUUAAGCUUUGGCAGGUUCACACCCUCUUAAAAGGAUUGGAAAAGAUAGCAGUUAGUGCUGACAUCCCAAUGUUGGUGUGUGGAGAUUUUAAUUCUGUUCCAGGCAGUGCACCGCAUGCUCUACUUGCUAUGGGCAAAGUAGAUCAGUUGCAUCCAGACUUGGCAGUUGAUCCCCUUGGGAUCUUACGCCCUGCAAGCAAGUUAAAUCAUCAACUUCCAUUGGUUAGCGCAUACUCAUCAUUCGCAAGAAUGAUAAGUGUUGGUCCAAGUUUGGAGCAACAGAGGAGGAGAAUGGACUCCACAACAAAUGAACCAUUAUUUACAAAUUGCUCUAGGGAUUUUAUUGGCACACGGGAUUAUAUCUUUUACACAGCUGACUCUUUGUCAGUGGAAUCAUUAUUGGAACUUCUGGAUGAGGAAAGCUUACGGAAAGAUACCGCUCUACCUUCGCCGGAAUGGUCUUCCGAUCAUAUAGCACUUUUAGCAGAAUUUCGAUGCAAGCCUAGAAUUAGGCGGUGAUGAUUGAGGUCAUUUGCAGCUUGAAUUGUUGUUGCUACAUGAGAUAUAAUAGCUGGUUAAUCUCAGAAAAAUCCCUCUUUAUCAGGGGAAUGAGAUUUUCAAGAAAAACCUCCUUCAUUGCCUCGGAUUUUGGGGCCUCAUUGAUCUAUUUGUACCAUUUUACUGAACCUUAAAAAUAUCCCUAAAAAAAGCUAUGCUGAUUAAGUUUUCAGCUUCCACCUGCUUUGGCCAUCA